UGCACACAGACGAGACUGCGCCCACCCCAAGUUCACGGCUAGCUCACAAAUCACAAUGUCCAAGGUAAUUAGUGACCAUGUUCUUCCGUUUUGCUUACAUGUCUAAAGGUGUACACUUUGUACUAAAUGCUUGUGUUUUCACUUGUGAAUGAAUGACCUGCAGAAGAUCGUGAUCAGAGCUGAUCUCAUCGGCGAGAAGUGCAAGAGCAAGAUCAUGUCAAUUGUUGCCAAGCUCGAGGGGAUCAAGUCCAUGGACAUUGACCAGGACAAGUGCACGCUGACGGUGGUCGGCACCGUCGACCCGGUGCGCGUCGUGCAGAAGCUCAGGAAGUCGUGCUUCGCCGCGACCGUCGUCAGCGUGGACGACGACAAGCCGAAGGAGAAGAAGACCCCCUGCCAGGAGGCCUGCGAGAAGGCCUGGAAGGAGAAGUACGAGAAGGCCUGCGAAGAGAAGUGCGAGAAGGCUUGCAAGGAGCCGUGCUGCGACGACUGCAACAAGGGGACGCCGUCGUACGGCUAUGGGUACCGCUGCACGCCGGGCUGCCACUCCAGCCCCUGCGGCCUGCCCAGCUGCCACUACUACAGCAAUGGCUACCACGGCUACGGCGUGCGCGCGCCACCGGCGCCGCCACUGGGAUACGCCUGCUAUGAGGAGCAGUCACGCGGAGGCGGAGGAGAAUGCGGCAUCCAGUAAGCCGUGGAUUCGUCAUCGUCGUCCUGCAGGAGUGUGUAUGGCCGUGUCGUUGGAGUUCUCUUUUCGUACAGUGAUGAUUCCUUUUCCUCUGUGACACGACGGCUUACUUCCGGUUUGAUGCUUCAGUCUGCCUAUAUACUACUAGUGUAUAAGUAUAAUAAA